AUGACUCUUGCAAUUCUUAUCACCACACUACAACUCUUCAAAGAGAAUAGGAUACACAUUCUUGUCCAAACUUAUCGAUCGACCGGUCUAGAUUUGCACCGCAUUAACCAAUAUUCUGCUUACUGGGAACAGGCGCGUACUCUAUAUGGUCCUUUCGAGUGCACUGCUACUAUGAAGUCGGGCAACUCUGACGUGUAUGUAAAUGAGAUACCUGGCGGUCAGUACACUAACCUCCAAUUCCAAUCGUUCUCACUUGGCCUGGCUGACCAAUUUGAAGAAGUGAAAAAGCAAUACUCUGAGGCGAACCAACUUCUUGGGGAUCUCAUCAAAGUGAUUUUUUUUAUAGUUUACUUCAGUACAUAG